UGCUAAAUCAAGUGUAACGUCGUCUGGCUGCCUCGUUCAAGCAGCUUGAGUGAGAAAUGAAGCUGUGCGUACAGUGAGCAGCAAGAGCACGCUUGCAUAAGCACCCUCUCCUUCUACCCGACCGCACCAAGACGAAGCCUUUGCGCCGGCCACCAUGUCCGCCAUUGCGCACGAGCGAGACGACAGCCCAAGCACCCGAGUGGCCUAUCAUCUUGAACGUCUAGACAUGACUACUCAAGACCCUCCGACCACAAAGAAGCGUCCCGCCGACAUGCUCGAGAUCAACGAAACUCCUGGCGCCUACGACUCCAUCAUGCCGUCUCCCAACACAUCGCCAACGCCAAACACCCAAGCGUCGCAGCGAGGUCGUUUUAUUCUCCAUCCUCCUCGCCGUAUUACCUCUCCUCCGCCUUCAACUCCUAUCGCUUCGCCCAAUCUUGAGGAAGGACCCAAUCUGUCCCUUCCGACAGCCAUAAAGAUUGCCCAAGAGAAGCUUUCCACACUGCGCUGCGAUUCUCCCUCGACGCCUGCUGAAGACGAAUCUCACCACGAAGACGACAACAUGACUUGGCAAGAAGACGAGAUCACUGGACACCACAUUGAUGAGACAGCAGACGACGAUGGUGAAGGUAUUGAUGGCAUCGGCUUUACACCUACUCCUGCCAUGGUCACCAAACGCUCAGAAGGGCGCCGUCGUCAAAUCCUCGAGUGGCGCGCCCGAGAGUCAAAGGAAGCUCGACAGCGCCGCUACGACAAGCGCAAAUCAAGUCAACGCGACUCUGCAAUUUCUCUCGACGAAGGAGCUUCGUACAAGCGCCGCAUGGUUAGAUUCGCCGAGGCUUGAAUGCUAGACCAACAUUAUACGACACGAACUUUACGACAGACACGGUGAAACAUCUAAUUUCCAAGGGCUUGCUUUAAUUGCUAUCAUUGGCGUUGCAUGGCGCCGAUACUGGAUACCCAUGAACAAGAAGGACAUAAGGCUGGGAACAAGGGCAUGGGCUUUCUCUACAUAUCAAACCAAAUGAUAUGACUGCUUUCUAGUAAUCA